CGACAAUGCUGUGCCGCAAAUCGGUCGCACGUGUGAAGCUUGAUCGAAAACGUUUUUUUUUGUACGCGAAGGGACGCGUCUGUUCGCAUGUCAAAAGACGUCGCGGCCGAUCGGCUUGACAAGGUGGCGAGCGGCCGCGAGCCGUACAGCCACGUGCUCGACUACGCCGUUGGCAUCGUGCCCAGCGCGUCCGCAUUGGACGAGCUCGAAAGAGUGCAGUCCAAGUUUGAACCAGCUGCCAUGAUCAAAGUGCCAAGGGAGUCUUUGAGACUGACGCUGGUCACAUUGGCGAGCGACCUGGACAGGGACGCCAAAAAAAUGGCUCGAGUCAGAGAAGCGAUCAACCGAGCAGCGCGCGAAGCAAAACCUAUAGACAUAACUAUAGGGGGAAUAGGGUGCUGGCCAAAAUGGAACAAGGUGCGCGAGAUCUGGGUAGGCGUUACGGACGGAAAAGAAAAAUUAGCAGAUUUGAGUCGCAGAAUUCAGGCGUACAUCGAAACAACUCAAAGCGAAGCACGGCCAAUUCGAUCUCCCCAUAGAGCGAAAAUUCGCAUAGGCAUAUGGAAGGACAUCUACGUCAGCUCAAUGCAAGGUGAGCUAGCCAAAGAGAUAUCAGAAAGUAUAAACAGCUUCCCCAUCGCCCAUUUUAUCACGAAUGAGCUUUCGCUAUUUGCAACAAGGCCCGACGAAACGUCCGUUUCAAUCCAUUCGACAUCUUUGGGAAAAUAACAGGCUACUUGCCAUACACUCCCGUUAAAAAUUUUUUCGUUCCUGUUGGUCUCAUAUUUUUC